AUGGAAGUAGCGUCGACGAGUCAACAGGAGUUUGACUACUUGUUCAAGUUGUUGUUGAUUGGGGAUUCUGGUGUGGGAAAGAGUACUCUGCUUUUGAGUUUCACUUCCAAUAAUUUUGAGGAUCUUUCUCCUACCAUUGGUGUGGAUUUUAAGGUAAAGCAUGUUACCCUAGGUGGGAAGAAGUUGAAACUUGCUAUUUGGGACACAGCUGGACAGGAGAGGUUUAGAACUCUAACUAGUUCUUACUACAGAGGAGCUCAAGGGAUAAUUAUGGUGUAUGAUGUAACACGGCGAGAAACAUUUACAAAUCUAUCAGAAAUAUGGGCAAAGGAAAUUGAUUUGUACUCAACAAAUCAGGAUUGCAUCAAGAUGCUUGUUGGAAACAAAGUCGAUAAGGAGAGUGAAAGGGUUGUCGCCAAAAAAGAGGGUAUUGACUUUGCUAGGGAAUAUGGAUGCCUUUUUCUUGAAUGUAGUGCAAAAACUCGAGUCAAUGUGGAGCAAUGUUUCGAGGAGCUUGUUUUAAAGAUCUUGGAAACGCCUAGUUUGUUGGCUGAAGGCUCUAGUGGUGUGAAAAAGAACAUCUUCAAACAGAAGCCUCCAGAGGAUGCUACAACCAAUAGCAUUAUUUAUCCACAGUGCCAAAUGAUUAUAGCAGUAGCCAUCUGGCUUAUCCCAAAAAUCUUGAGCAACCGGUUAGUUUCAAGUUGCAUUUUCCGUCCAAGACCACAUCUGACAGAGAAGCCCAAACAGGUGGUACCCCACUUAUCCAAACCGGCAACUGCCAGUCCCACAAAAAGGGCCCAAGUCCAACAACUGGAAAUGGGCCCACCUAGGCUGGAGUGGAUGUAA